GGAGUUGACCACACUUGGCCAUUUCCCAGAACGGCCCCACCCCAAGGGUGAGCGGCCAAUGAGGAGCUGUUUCUGCUGACAUCAAUUCCCCAGGAGGUACCCAGCCCAAGUCUGCCCAAGUCUGCCCAAGUGAAGAUGGCUGAUACCCACCCUGGGAUGGAGCCCAGCGCCUGAGGCCCUUAUCAUGGUGAUGGUCCUAAGUGAAAGCCUCAGCACCCGGGGAGCUGACUCCAUCGCAUGCGGGACCUUCAGCCCUGAACUGCACACGCCAAAGAAGAUGAGUCAAGGACCUACACUUUUCUCUUGUGGAAUUAUGGAAAAUGACAGAUGGCGAGACCUGGACAGGAAAUGCCCUCUUCAGAUUGACCAACCGAGCACCAGCAUCUGGGAAUGCCUGCCUGAAAAGGACAACUCACUAUGGCACCGGGAGGCAGUGACCGCCUGUGCUGUGACCAGUCUAAUCAAAGACCUCAGCAUCAGCGACCACAACGGGAACCCCUCAGCACCCCCUAGCAAGCGUCAGUGCCGCUCACUGUCCUUCUCCGAUGAGAUGUCCAGCUGCCGGACAUCAUGGAGGCCCCUGGGCUCCAAAGUCUGGACUCCUGUGGAAAAGAGACGCUGCUACAGUGGAGGCAGCGUCCAGCGCUAUUCCAACGGCUUCAGCACCAUGCAGAGGAGCUCCAGCUUCAGCCUCCCUUCCCGGGCCAACGUGCUGUCCUCACCCUGCGACCAGGCAGGACUCCACCAUCGAUUUGGAGGGCAGCCCUGCCAAGGGGUGCCAGGCUCAGCCCCAUGUGGACAGGCAGGUGACACCUGGAACCCUGACCCGCACCCCAUGGGAGGGGGCCGGCUGGACCUGCAACGGUCCCUCUCUUGCUCACAUGAGCAGUUUUCCUUUGUGGAAUACUGUCCUCCCUCAGCCAACAGCACACCUGCCUCCACGCCAGAGCUGGCAAGACGCUCCAGCGGCCUUUCCCGCAGCCGCUCCCAGCCGUGUGUCCUUAACGAUAAGAAGGUCGGUGUUAAAAGGCGGCGCCCUGAAGAAGUGCAAGAGCAGAGGCCUUCUCUAGACCUUGCCAAGAUGGCACAGAACUGUCAGACCUUCAGCAGCCUCAGCUGCCUGAGCGCAGGGACAGAGGACUGCGGUCCCCAGAGCCCCUUCGCCCGCCACGUCAGCAACACCAGGGCCUGGACCGCCCUGCUCUCAGCCUCCGGCCCAGGGGGCAGGACCCCCGCUGGGACCCCGGUCCCUGAACCUCUUCCCUCUUCCUUCGACGACCACCUCGCCUGCCAGGAGGACCUGUCCUGUGAGGAGUCAGACGGCUGUGCCCUGGAUGAGGAUUGCGGCAGGAGAGCAGAGCCAGCCGCAGCCUGGCGGGACCGCGGGGUCCCCGGGAACAGCCUCUGCUCCCUGGAUGGCGAGUUGGACAUCGAGCAGAUAGAGAAGAACUGAGGGGACGUGUGGGCCCAGGCAGGGCUGGCUGGGGUGUGCUGGCAUCGACAGCCCUCCCUUUGGGCACUAGGUGGGCCCUGGAAGGGGAGCCCAACUCGUGGGCCUAAUGAAAGUUUCCUGAGUGGGGUGUCGGGUCCCAGAGAGGGAGCCCACCCGCUGCCUUGGGGAGAGCCUGACCUGGCCGCGUCACACAGUGGGUGUGUCAGCCUCUCACCGGCUCCCCGAGUGUGGCAGUCACCAGGUCUACAGAACUACUGCAGCCCAGAGGACAGCUUUGGAGUUUGCGUCUUUUCUGCCUCUUUCCCCCCUGGGAUGUUGGGCAGUCUCUGUUGUCCCCGGCAGAGCUGGGCACCGCUCUGUAUCCCCCUGGUGGGGGCUGUCAGGGAGGGCCUGGGGUGGGGGCCAGGGGCCAUCUGCUGUGUCAGGGUCCUUCUUGGCCUCGCUCAGGUUCACUUUUGGAGAGCCGGUCCCGCAGCUUCUUUCACUCAGUUUUACUCCGUGCCUUCUCUCCCAGGUCUCCCUGCUUCAGGCUUGGGAAGGUUCGGGAGAUGCUUCCUUCUGUAACACCAGAACCAUUUGGCCUUAAUUCCAAUGUGAGAGACAGAAUCCCUGGGGUGCUGGACUGGCCCCCCAGAGGGUAAGCCCAUGUCCGGAGUCUCGGGCCCAAGGAACAGUUUGGAGGGGUGCAUGUUAGGGCCUUCCAUGUUGGGCAGAAAUUUGGUGGGUCUGUUUUCUGAACGGACUCUCUUGCCUCUCCUGCAGCAUGGAGAGCCUGACCCCAUCGCUCUGCCACCGCUGGGGCAGGGUUAGUAGAUGCAGCCCUUCUCUGUGGUUGACUGGUCACUGAGUGAUAAGUGUGGUUGGUUCUGGUGAGUGUAGGGAUGGCACGAUACCAGGGCAGCCUCUUGAAAAUGGCCUUGGGAGACAGGAGCUGGGGGCAGGUGGACAGCUGCAGGCCCUGUGCCCAUUCAGGGGUGAAGGGCGUCCGCUGACCAAUCUGCAGAGGCCCCUGCAGGAUUCCACGCACCUCCCAUUUGUCCUUGAGGACUGCUGGCUGUAACCAGGGCACACCACCCACCUCAAGACAAACCCCCGCCCUUGUCAGCUUAGGGGGAGCCCAGUCCUGAGGGCUGCAUCUCUGUCGUAGGCCCAGCCAUGGGCACAAAGCUGGACUGAUACUCCCUGCCCCUACCCCGCCCUGGCUUCUCACCCUGGGGCAUCCAAGGAGCCUAGCCCCCUGAGGGUUUGCUGUCCUCUCCGGGUUUGUAGCUGCUCUCCUGCCACCUUGCAGAUACCACCACAUGGGCUCUGCUCUAUGGGAAUCUGGCUUUAGUGAAUUUGGCGUCUUCUGCAGACAAUAGCAAUUGGGCUGGCUUAGGAGUAAGUGGCUCAUUUUCCCAUAAGGCUAAAAAUAACUGGUGUGCUCCCUCGCGUUAGCUGACAUGCGUUAAAAGCACUUUUGUAGUCAUUUUGCUUUUACUCGUCUUCCAUGGACGAGUGAACGCCUUGCUUCUGCAGGUCGAGUCCAGAUGCUUCUCGCCUUUCUCCUCAAGAAAGCUGCUUUUUGGGAAACCUUGUUUAAACCUUCUUUUUUUUUUACUACAUCAAAAGGAUGGUGGUUCAAGUUCCCAAUAUGUGGGUGGCACUUCUUACAAAUCAGCUAUAAGAAGCUGGCAGAAAGCCCCCAGCUCCACGGCCCUGAGAGAUGCUGUUGCCAUCCCAGGGUGGGUGGCACAUGGGGGUAUGCCGGGCACUGGGCAGGUCCCAGAGCGGGGGAACCAGCUCGCCUCUGGUCGCUGUAGCUCCUGCCAGAGGCACAUCUCCUUGUGAUCCUGGACAGCCAAACCCAAGAGCUGGUGGCUCUGAGCAGAGACAUCUUGGCCUGUCCCUGCCUGGGGGUCAUGGAGACCAUGUCUUCUUAGAGCAAAUCCUUCUUAGAGGAGACCGGGGCAGUUGCUGGGUGAAUGUGGAGAGCACAUGGCCAUGCCUCACUCCCAGAGUACCACCGGGCACGAGGGGUCCUGGCGUCACACAGCCGGUGUGGCCACCGAGGGCACACAGCCUCUAAAGCAGGCCUUCCUGUGGAAGGCAGAGGCAGUGAGGGAGGCGGGCGGUGCCAGCCGAGGCUAAGGCGUGCAGCAGCCCCCAGCUACCUUUGCUUAGGGUAGAGGUGGGAGGCACAUGGUGACAGGUAUGUGUCAUGGGACUGGGGUGUGGGUGACCUGCCCUCAAACCCUGCCUGCCACCUCCCCACUCAGGCCUGGUGGCAGGGAGGGACAAGCUGUGGAGCUGGCCGAGUCACAGCCACCUCCCCACCUCCCUGCAAGGUGGUCCCAUUGACCAGCAAGCCCAGCCUCCGGGCGCUUAGGCAGAAAUGGCCCAGCCUCCUCAGACCCCACCUGCCUGUCCUGUGCCACUGUCACCCCUAGCCCAGCUGCCUGUCCUGGGCCACCACUGCUCCUAGCCUGAGCCCACCACGCAGCAGUCGGGAGAAGAUGGUGGCUGUCCCUUCUGCUUAGAGAAAGAAAUGGCCUUCAGCUGGUUUCGUGUUUGUCUCUUGACUGGAGAGAGUAGACCCUGUCUAUAAGGUGCCACCCCAUCAUCCAAGCCGCCACACAGCCCAGAGCGGCCUGUUCCUGCACUCCACCCUGCUGGCCCCAGGACUUCUGAUCUCAGUCCUCUGGGAGGGAGGCUUGCCCAGGAGGUGCCCCCCACGUUGCUGUCCCCCCGGGCAGCAGGCAGACAGCUCACCCCCACCAGCAUGAGGGCCCCAGCUGGGGGCAGCGGCAGGAGCCUCGCUUUUGUCACAGCCUUGCCCGCGAACCCUGCCUCUGAGGGGAGACCAAGGAAGGCCAGAGCCAGGAGCAAGCCGUGCCAGGCCAUCUGCCUGCUCGUGGGCCCUGAAGAGCGGGCUAAGCCUACAGGAAAGCCGAGUGGGAGGAGGGGCUUAGCGCCACGUGCAUCCCACUCAUUUCAAAGCCACCAAACUGCCAGGGGCUGCCGUCCACCUGUGGGGCCUGGGGGCCGGGACCACAGCCUCGCCAUUUUCGUUGCCACACCCUCUUGCCUUACUCACGGUGGAGGCCAGAGUUGCACGGACAGACGUGCAUCUAGGCCCACGGGGAGCUUGUUCUGACCAGACGUACAGAUUUUCAUUCUCAGAAAGCCUUACUUUUCAACCAAAUUUUUGUAGCCAGUUUUGUGAAUUUGUACACUGAAAGGAAAUUUAAAUAAAGGGGAAGUCUACAUUAAAAAGAAAACAAACCCCAACUUCCAAAUGGGUCUCCUGGUGCAGGGGCGUGAGUGGCCACGCACUGGGUGUGCUGCCUGUCUGAGCAAGCUCCCCUAGCUGCGGGACCCCUGGGCCCCUGCUGCGGGCUCGGCCGUGGUGUCAUGCCUGCUGCACCCCCGUUUCCACUGACGUGCCGUCUGUGACUAUUGGGGGGUGGUCACUUGAAUGAUGGUCAUUCCAGACGUCAGCCGGCAGGGAUGCAGCAGGCUCGCCGCGCACCGGGAUCAGGCACCCUGGCCCCACACUGGCAAUGAUGCCGCACCUUGCCAUGUCCACGCUGUUGGUCAAACCCCUCUGUCAUGCCUCUUUAAAGAGAAAAGAGAAAGGUUUUGUUUUGUUUUGUUUUUUAAUGGCAGACCGAAGUGGAGAUCUUGUAGCCUAGAUAGGAUAGUCUGACCUAGCGUAGUCUUUUUGGCAAAUGAUUUGUGUUUUCAGUGCGUGGGGAAGCUGUCCUGGGGGCUUGGGUGACAGAUAGCACAUAGGCUGUUUCUGGGGUUGCAGGAGCUUCCCUGAGCUGGAUGUUGUGGGUGUUGCAGAGCUUCAGGAAGUGUGGCGACCAGAAAGCGUAGACCCGGGCCCAGGGCCUGCCUGCCCCUGCAGCCUGGCCUCCCCGCACAGGCCGUGGCUCGCGCUCCAGCCGCUCUAGUCUCUCAGGAAUUUGCUUGUUACUUUUACUGUGUAAAUAAAGCUUCCUGGUUCAAUACCCAA